GUAGCACUAGGGAGAGCUUCUGUCACUGCUGACCAGGACUCAAACGGCCACCAAACCAGAGACCAUGAGGCAGCCCCACAUCACUGCCCUGCUGCUGUUGCCGCUGCUGCUGAGACCUGGGACUGAAGGGGCCGAGGCUAUGAGAGCCUGUGGGCAUCCAAGGAUGUUUAACCGGAUGGUGGGCGGGGAGGAUGCCUUAGAAGGUGAGUGGCCCUGGCAGGUCAGCAUCCAGCGCAAUGGAGCUCACUUCUGUGGGGGCAGUCUCAUCGCACCAACAUGGGUCCUCACUGCUGCACACUGCUUCUCCAACACAUCAGACAUAUCCAUAUACCAGGUCCUGCUGGGGGCACUGAAGCUGCAACAGCCAGGACCACAUGCCCUGUAUGUCCCCGUGAAGCAGGUGAAAAGCCAUCCUGAGUACCAAGGCAUGGCUUCCAGUGCCGAUGUGGCUCUGGUGGAGCUGCAGGUGCCUGUGACCUUCACCAAAUACAUCCUUCCCGUGUGCCUGCCUGACCCCUCGGUCAUCUUCAAGUCGGGCAUGAACUGCUGGGUCACCGGCUGGGGCAGCCCCAGUGAGCAAGACCGACUACCCAACCCACGGAUCCUGCAGAAACUGGCUGUGCCUCUCAUUGACACGCCCAAGUGCAACCUUCUGUACAGCAAGGAUGCUGAGGCUGACAUCCAGCUCAAAACCAUCAAGGACGACAUGCUCUGUGCAGGCUUUGCAGAGGGCAAGAAGGACGCCUGUAAGGGUGACUCUGGAGGCCCACUGGUGUGCCUUGUGGACCAGUCAUGGGUGCAGGCUGGGGUAAUCAGCUGGGGAGAAGGCUGUGCCCGCCGGAAUCGUCCAGGUGUCUACAUCCGUGUGACUUCUCAUUACCAAUGGAUCCAUCAAAUCAUCCCAGAACUACAGUUCCAGGGGAGAGCCGGCAGCCAGCAGCAGCAAAGAGACCCCCGAGGCUGGCAGCCCCUGGCAGAGAACUCCGCCCCCUGCCUGGCUGCCCAUGCAGUUUUGCUGGCCCUGGGAGCACUGAUGCUUGGGAUCCUCUAGGGCUGCUCAGCCCGGCAGGUGGAGCCCCACCCACUGUACAUUUGUAAAUACUGUCCCCCAUCUUACAUCCCAGCCACUUUUAUUUAUGUUCACCUCCAGAAA